AUGAGGCUUCCGGAUUCGAACGUCCCUCGGGAUACUACACCCGUAGCCCAAUCCCGCUCCCAGGCCUUCGACACAGGCCAAAUCGUCAAUGGCAUCGUAAGCGGUGUCAUAGUCCUCGCCAUCUUCGCUCUGCUGUUCAGCUUGGCAUACUUGGCUCAUCAAUGCAUGGGACGGAGGAGUGGCCAGCAGGAACACGAUCACGAAGACGAUACCGAAUUAUCCGCAGCUCAGUCGACCUCGUCCUCCGGCCACGGCGGCCAUUCGCAGUCUCCCCAUCACGACCAACACGCCAACGCCAGCCAGAGGUCCCGUGGCGCCGCCACAACGAGCGGGCGAAACAACCGCAGACGGGGUUCUAGCGUGCAUUACCGACCUCCCACGCCGGGCCCAGGCAUCUUACACGUCCCUUACCCGACGAUGGAAGGUUUCGCCUCCCCACGUGCCACGAGCCCAGAGUUUGACGUCGACGGCCCCCACCAAAGCGUCCUUCCUAAUGGCGUCUCGCGCAACUCUCGCGCCAUGGAUGAUCAUUACAGGGUGACUGGUGACCCAAAGGGUCGUCGUUCAAGUAGCCAGCACUAA